GGCCGGUGAUUUUCCGCUGCCGCUGAUGUCUCCCCGUUUUAAGAGACAAAGGUCAGAACGAGAAGCUUAUAGGCAGGAUAAAAUAUAGGCUACCGACGCGUCCAGCCCUCAGUCGCUCUCACGGACACCACAGGACACGGACAAGACGGAACGGACACGGGAGCGCGCGAUAAGGACAUUAAAAGGACAAAAUAAAACACAAAAUCGCAUCAACAGAACAGAAUGGCUCAGAAAGAGAAACUUCAGUGCCUGAAGGACUUCCAUAAGGACACCCUGAAGCCAUCUCCUGGAAAGAGCCCCGGCACGAGGCCUGAAGACGAGGCAGAGGGCAAACACCCGCAGAGGGAGAAGUGGGCCAGCAAGCUGGACUUUGUUCUGUCCGUCGCUGGCGGCUUUGUGGGUUUAGGGAACGUCUGGCGUUUCCCGUACCUCUGCUAUAAGAAUGGUGGAGGUGCAUUUCUCAUCCCCUACUUCAUCUUCCUGUUUGGCGGAGGUCUGCCGGUCUUCUUCCUGGAGGUCUCCCUUGGUCAGUUCACCUCUGAGGGCGGCAUCACCUGCUGGGAGAAGCUGUGCCCCAUCUUUACUGGUAUCGGUUAUGCCUCCAUUGUGAUCGUGUCCUUGCUGAAUAUCUACUACAUCGUCAUCCUGGCCUGGGGUCUCUACUAUCUGUUCCAGUGUUUUCAGCCGGAGCUGCCCUGGGCCAAGUGCAAUCAGCCCUGGAACACCUAUCGCUGCAUCGAGGACACCUACCGCAAGAACAAAUCCUUCUGGGUGGCCGCCAACGCCUCCAACUUCACCUCCCCCGUCACCGAGUUCUGGGAACAUAAUGUGCUGGGGAUCACCAAUGGUAUAGAGAACAUUGGGACUAUUAAAUGGGACCUGGCUCUGUGUCUACUGCUUGUUUGGGUCAUCUGCUUCUUCUGCAUCUGGAAGGGAGUAAAGUCCACCGGCAAGGUGGUCUACAUCACCGCCACGUUCCCAUUCAUCAUGCUCAUCGUGCUGUUGAUCCGUGGCGUGACACUGCCAGGUGCUUCAGAGGGCAUCAAGUUCUACCUGUACCCUGAUCUGGCCCGCCUGAGGGACCCAGAGGUCUGGAUUGAUGCCGGCACCCAGAUCUUUUUCUCCUACGCCAUCUGUUUGGGCGCCAUGACGUCCUUGGGGAGCUACAACAAGUACAAAUACAACUGCUACAGGGACUGUUUGCUGCUGGGAGCCCUCAACAGUGGUACCAGUUUUGUGUCUGGCUUCGCAAUAUUUUCCGUCCUGGGCUUCAUGGCACAAGAGCAAGGGGUGGACAUUGCUGAUGUGGCAGAGUCAGGUCCAGGCCUGGCGUUCAUUGCCUACCCCAAGGCUGUAACCAUGAUGCCUUUUCCUACAGCCUGGGCAAUUCUCUUCUUCAUUAUGCUGCUGCUGCUUGGCCUCGACAGUCAGUUUGUGGAGGUGGAAGGGCAGAUCACAUCACUGGUGGAUCUGUAUCCGUCCUUCCUAAGGAAGGGUUACCGCAGAGAGAUCUUCAUCGCUAUCAUCUGCUGCAUCAGCUACCUGCUUGGACUCACAAUGGUUACCAAGGGUGGCAUGUAUGUUUUCCAGCUGUUUGAUUACUAUGCAGCUAGCGGUGUGUGCCUUCUGUGGGUGGCAUUCUUUGAAUGUAUAGCUGUUGCCUGGGUUUAUGGCGUUGAUAAUUUCUAUGAUGCUCUUGAGGACAUGAUGGGCUACAGACCAAAUGCUUGGAUGAAAUGGAGCUGGACUGUUAUCACUCCUUUACUGUGCAUGAGCUGCUUCAUCUUCUCCUUGGUCAAAUACAAGCCGUUGACGUACAACAAGGUCUACGAGUAUCCUGACUGGGCUGUCGGAAUAGGUUGGACUCUGGCCUUGGCCUCCAUGAUCUGCAUCCCCAUGGUGGUUGUCAUCAAGAUCAUCCGAUCUGACGGGCCGCUCAUCGAGAGGAUUAAGGCGGUGGCAGCCCCUGUUCGUGGCGGGGCCAGCUCUCGUCCCGCAAAUCAUCGCGGCCUCAAGGAGCUUUCCUGCCCUCUGGACCCCAACGGGAACAAGGGCCUGCUGAUGAAGGCGCCCACCCACACCAUCGUAGAAACCAUGAUGUAAAGGAGUGAGGCUGAGGCUCUCCAUGAGACCGCUCUCCUCUCCUCUCCUCUCCUCUGAAAUGCUUCUAAAAGCUAGCUAGCUUUCUGUCUCUUUGUCUGUCUGGUGGACUGAAAAGGGUUUUAAGGAAAAAAAAUGUUCCCGUUCAAAUCUCUUAGGAAUACUUUGGAAGUAGUUUGCAUUUGAUGGUCUUCUUGUAAGGGUAGCAUCCCAUUUCAAAUCUGUUUCUGAUAAACUCACAGGUUGUUUGCCUUUCCCCUUUUGUUGAGACACUUGUCGUUGAGUCCUUGAAUCAAACGGCCUCCACAGAUCACCAAAAGUACUUUAUCUGGCUGCUCUAUGAAUACUUAUUUUCUCUUUGGACUGGGUGUACUUAUCUGAGGGUAUUUGCCUUCAGGUUCAACUUGGAUUCAUCCGUUCCUUUUUGUAAAACAGACGCCCAGAAAAACAUAAGUAAACAUUUUCUUUUACCAAAAUGAAGGAACUUCAGACCAAAAGUUUAGUAAAUACUUCCUCAAGCCGUCAUAGUUUGACGGCAGAAUCAUUGAUGGAUACUUGAAAAGGUUCAACACAACCUGUGAUGGUUCAUUUCCACCACCACUUGUAUAGCGCCAGCUCACGAGAAGUUUCAUCCCAAGGCGCCCCUCAAAAAAGCAGGCAAAAGACCGACCCCUCUAGAUUUUUAAGCACUUUCAGGAUUGAUAAAAUUAAGGUGAAGAGAUCAGUGAGCAGCAUUUAACUCCAAGUAGUAAGGCAGACUGUCACUGCUCUCUGGCGCUCUAAAGCAGCAUAAACACAUUCAUUUGACUUCACUUUUUAAUUAUUGUAAAUGAUGCUAUAAUAACAAUAUCAUGCUGCAGAUCUGUAGGAUAGUCUUCGAUUAGUCCAUCCACAAGAAGACAAGAUCCGAAUUUUUAAAAUGCUAAUCCAAAACACAAAUUUGCCGUUCACUUUGUCUUUAAACUCGGCUAGUGAGAAGUUAGCUUCGCUUUUGGUCUGAACUCGCCUUUGGAGAGAUAAAGCGGCAUGUCGUCGGUAAAAAGGAACUCUGAGAAAUCAUCUUUGUCUUCUUUUAGAUCCAAUUGGCAAAAAUGUCCACGAGCAAACUCGUUUUAAUUCACCAAUCUCCAAGGUCACUGUUGGGUUCAAGUGUGUUCCAAAUCCCAGACAAAGAAAUCCUUCUGAAUUUAACUACUCAACCAACCAAACUUAACAAAUCACCCAACGUGAAAUUGCUAUCCCUCAUCUGCAGUCUUCUCCUUUCCAAUCAUUAAAAACAAGCUGUGAAAGGCAGAUAAAAGUCUACCUGACACAGACACGAUAGCCGACGACCUUUACCAAGCCAGAAUCCAGAACCACCUUAGCAUGAGUAUCCCUAUCGUCCGAGGCCGGAAGCUAUGGGCCAACGAGAAAACUUAGCACUGAGACUGUGUCCAAAGGAAACCGGUUCCUGCACAAAGACGGAGGUAUCUGAAAGGAUUUGAAUUGUGGAGGUUGAACCCUUGAGUGUGUUGUCUGUGGCGUACUGUACAGUAGUAGCUAACCAGUCUAUCUAUAUCUAUCUCUCUAUCUAUCUUUCUCUGUCCUAGACCAGUUUACAGUACAUUAGUGCUGCACUAGGCACUCUUGGCUUACAUUUUUCGGAUUGGAUUUGUUUUUUUUUUCUACAGAGGAAGUUACAUUAUUACUAGUUUUUCCUCUGUCAAUGUUUAGAUUUUUUUUAUUAAGACUAUAAUGUUAUUGGUAUUCACUAUUGGUGAUAAUUGCUGUAGUUUUACAUAGAGGAAGGAACACGUCUUUCAUCUGGUGAAAAUACGAAGCUAUUAUACAAAUCAUACAUCUACAGUGGCAGCCAUUGUAGUAAUAGACCUUUCAUGCAUCUGUCCUGCCAACGAUUCUGUCUUUAGCGUCGGGGAAACAAACAAUGCAACAGAUUUCUACAAUACUUUCUCUCGUGGGGGGUUUGGGUCGGACAUUCAACAAGCAGUUCAAUGUACAGAAAAAAAUGGGAAUUCUACAAUGGCUCCAUCUGUAAGUUUGUAGGCGUUGGGGGUUUAUAGCUUUUUUUCUCUUUUGUAAAUACCAGGGGACAGUAUUUAAUUUGGUUUAAAGUAGCCUGGCAGGGCACUGUCAAUGGUUAAACAAUAUUUCACCAACUCAGUGACUCAAAGAAACCAAUCGUUGGGUUGCACUUCCAACAGAUCAGCCAGUGUCAAACUGUCCGCUCGUCCGUGUUUCCAAUUGCUCUUCAGUCACUGUGAACUGUGGCAGCUGGCUGCAGACAAACCAGAGCCAAUGAGUGACAGAGUUUGGGCUUGUUUUUUCCAAGACACUGUGGUUACUUUAGCUAACUGAAAUGAAAGCUAAAGAGGUUUGUUUUACAUCAGGAAUCCAAAAACAAGUAGAGCUUCAUCGAUGAAUCCAUCACUGAUGAAUGCAGCGCAGAGCCGUGCAGCUUUUUACAUGUUCUAAAUGAAGAUCUUUUGACAAUUUAGAAAUUGGGUGCUCUAACUUCCUGUUUGAGUUUUCCUUUUUGGGUAAGAACUCUCAAAUUUGACGCAGAAGACUGUAAAACGCUGUGUCACAAAGUACGACAAGAUUAGUACUUUAAGAAAAGCUUGGUCCAAACUCUGUACAUCGUUGGUACUCUGAGUAAAUCCACUUUAUGAUACAUUAACAGACGCUGUAUCUUCAACUCUGGCUGUUUUUUUUUUUUUUAAAGAAACAUGAAAACAAAACUACAUUUCAUUCCUCAUGAUGAUUAAAGGGCCAUAGUACAGAUCGUGUGAUCCAAUCACAACCGAGCAAAGCAGACGUUUCCAAGAAGUACGACAAACACAACCGUUAGCUUCAUUUGGAUCGGUCUGUGUAACAAGGGGUUUCCCAUGUGUAUGUGUCACCAGCGACCAUCCACUCAGGACCUUCUCUGGAGUGCUUUUAUCGGCUGUGAAGCUGCAUCAACCCAGCGUCCAAAAAGUUUCGACUGCUAACUGUGGGUGACAAAGAGCUGACGCUAAACGGUAGCAAUCAAAAUUGAUGUUUUUUGUGCUAAAAAAAAAAAGCCACUAGAUUGGUUCUUUGUCACACUGAAUGCAAAAAUCGCACCUUAACUGCCUGAUUUCUCCACAAUCUGAGGCAAAAAUCCAGAGAGAGUGAGUUAGCAUGAGUUUUUAUCGCACCUUAUUUGUAUAAUUUGGACUUCAUAUCAAACGAUGAGGCCACAAAGAAACGAGAAGAAACAAAAUAACACUGCCAUCUUUUUAUUCAGGGUCCUCAACGGUGAAAAAAAAAAAAAGAAAUCUGAAUGUUGUUUAAACACUUGGUUUUGGCGAAGCUUUUGGUGCUUCGGUUCUCCCAAAAGAAGACAUGAUAUAAAUAGAUCAAAAAAACCUCAAUAAACAUGAACCCACAUCGAAUACACGCGUUUCAGGAAGUGACCAACAACAUCCCGUGAGAAGUACUUGUGAGUCCAGGGCCUCACUGUGGGGGUCCUAGAAGCUUUUUCGUCUGUUUCUUUCUUCACGUCGAAUAAUCUAGUUCAUAUCAUUCAAAGGGAUUUGUGAAACCAAAUCCACAGGAGACAUCUAUUUUCAUAUGGUGACAAACUUUUCCUAUAUGAGUCGUCUUUGUACAGUUAACGCUUCCCAUUGCAGACCUCCCAUUUUAAUACGAAUACGAAGCUUUGUUUUAAUCGUGAACUUUUUGUACAGAUCUGGUUCUCGCGUCCUCUGAAGGAUCUUUGCACCGAGGGUUAAAAACUAAAUGUGUUAAUGCUGAAAGGAAAAAUGUGUCGGCCUCCCUUUGGCGACAAAAUUACACUUAAGGAAAGUUUUAUGGUGCGUUCCAUUUACCGUCACACCUGAUUUAACCACUUUCCAAUCGUGAACAUGCAACAAGUUGGACGAGCAACAUGGAUGCCUCCAGGAGAACCUUUGUUUGUUAGCUUAUUUCAGGCGAUAACAACACAAUAUGUGAUAACUAUGGCGCAAAAAUAAAAUCACAACACGUCCAUUGAUACUGCAUUUCCGACUUCUGAGAUCAAAUGGAACGCACCAUAAGAAUCUGUCUUGGCGUCGAUUAGUCCACAGGGUUUUGAAUUUGGUGCAUUCAUGAAACUGCAAGAAAAAUAAACGUUAAUAAUCUUUGACUUGUGCAUCGUCUUCAACUAAAAGAAGGUGAUGUUAGAAAUGUAAAAUUCUGAAAAGACAAACUCAGAAAUAUCUAAUUAAGCCAUUUCAACGACGCAUACAACUCUUUGACUGGAUAAAAACCUUCCCCCUGCCCGGUGCAGAGAUCCUUAUUUUUGUGUGGAAACGUGGACCAGAAUGAACUAAUGCAGUCAUUUAUCCGAUUAUUCUGCCUAUCUCUGUGUGUGUGUGUGUGUGUGUGUGCACGUGUGUGUGUGUGUGUGUGUGUGUUCCCAGUAUGUACCAGUCCCUCUGCCUUCUUACACUCCCCGUCAGUUAGCAUACGUUACCCGAAGCUAACCCAUGUUUUUGUUGUUGUUGUUGUUGUUGUCUCAGAUUUAAAGAGUUUGCAAGAGAAUCGAAGCAUUAGCCAUGCACACGUUUUUACCGCCGAAUGUUGAAAUGUGAAAGUCACCCGCGGGUGGAUGUAAAAGUUUCUGAAGAUUUUAUUUUUUAGACCGAAAAAAAUAUGAUUUCUUUGAUCUUGUUUUAUUGAAUUCAGACGUUUUUUCUUAUUCUGUUUGAUCUGUGUUGUCUGUCACGUUGCCUUUUGUAUUCCAAACAUAGUGUAUCUGAACCUCUGUCAUUGGAGUAACAUGUACGACUAUCAAUCAAAAAGCAAACACUCAAAAAAGCUACAAUUUGUUACGUGCAAUACUUUGUAGAAGAAUUUUUAUUUUUCAUGCUGUUUUUGGUUUUUUUCACCUUUUUCAAGUAAGACGAUCGCCUGUGAAAUCUUGAAGAAAAAAAGAAAAAUUUGAAUCUUCAGGGUCCAGUUGAAUUCAAAGCCGCCACAAAAUGCUCUGCAGUAUGGGACGAAACCAAAUGAGACCACUAUCCCAUCCAAGAUCGUGUCGUUUGAAAUGCACUGAGAAUCAAAUCAUUUGUAAACUUUGUGACAUUAAACUAAAUUUCUUUGCGAAUUGCAGUUUUUUAUUUUGGUGACAGACGUCUGAGUUUGUGGAGGGGUGGGGGAGGGUGGGGGGAGGGGUGAAACACAGUAACACUGCCAAGACGCAUGCCGUCUUUCUACUUUCAAUUCUGCUGUUUGCUUUAAAAAAAUCAGGCAGCUUCCCAACAGCACGCCGCCACCAAAGCUCACCAUCUUUACUCAAGUAACAGGCAAUUGUUCUGAGGAAUCAAAGUCUGAUUUUCCUGUGAUGGGAAAAAUAUGCAGCUGCUUUUGGGAAGCUUGGCCCAUUGCGAUGGGAGCAGAAAAUCCAAUAAAAACCAGAUUACACAACAUCAAAUGUGGGCUUUGCUUUAAAUUAUUGUACACAACUUCUACAUCCAGCUCGACUCCGCCAAAGCCCUGCAAACCUUUCUGCUUUAUCAAAGAAAAAGAAACCAAACUUGCAUGUAAACAGAGACAAACAGCCGGGGUUUCAAUCUCAUGUUCAUAUCUGCAGGCUUCAGAGUCUGUCAUGUUUCUGUGACGCCACACAGGUUUGACCUUUGGGCUUCAAAAAUGGUGACUCAAAAUCUCUUCUAUCACCGUCGUCACUCUGCUUCUUAUUGGCUGCUGAGGAAGGUAAAUGUGUGGGCUCCAUUUCCUGGCAAGCGUCAUGAACGCAAAUAUUCUCGAUGUUCUUCGGUUUGAAGCUUGAAAAAAAGAUGUCCUCACAUAGAUAUCCAGAUUUAUAAUGUAAGCUCAAGUUUCAGAGGACAAUAUUUAACAUCAAAAGCUUUCCCUCCUUUUAAUGAUCUCUGCGUUGACGCUUCUGGGAAAUGGAGUCCCGCCCUGCUCUUCCUCCCCGUCCCUCUCUCAUGUUCGACUCAUCCUGGUCAUGGUCUCCAAUGACAUUGCCUCUGUCUUUCCUGCAUCAUACUGUAAACUGUAUACCAGCCUUUCCUUUUUGAGAAUGUACACGGGGGAAAAUGUUUUUUUUUAAUUCUUGUUGAAGAAAAAAAAAACAUUUUUUAAAUGAAUUUGAAAGCUUUUAUUUUUUAUUUCUAUUGCCAACCUGUAAGCUAGAAAAGAAAAAGAGAAAAAAAUAUGUGUUUGAACAGGUUUUACAAAGUGUAAAACUUUUUUUAUUUCUUAAUAAAAAAUUGUCUUCA